AUGGAAAGAACCAGAGAAGAUACAUAUUUCACCAAUACCAAGAAAGCAAUUACAUGGUGCAAAAGAUUGCUCGGUUUUUCUGGAGUUUGGCCAUUGGAAAUUCGUGACUCGUUGUUCGUACCAUUUCUAUUUUACGGAUGUCUUUACAGUUUUUUAGGAUUUCUCGAUUUGAUCGAAUACAUCAAAGAUAUCCGUUACGUAAUGACAAACGUUAUGGAGAACAUGUUGGUGGUAAUGACAGUGACGAAAUUUGGGAUGUGUCGAAUAAAGUAUCGAUCUUUGUCAAGAUUUUUGACAGAAACAGAAAACGAUUACAUAGUCGAUAAUUAUAAAACCGAAGAAGAGAGACUGAUUUUUAUGAGAUAUAACAAAUUUUCCUACAUAUUCAUCAUGACUGCAUUUCCAUCGAUGACCUUCUUAACAAUUUAUUAUUAUUUUAAAAAUGUCAUACCGAAUGUUCUUGCAGUUAUGGCGAAUUCUUCAUUGGAAUAUAAAUUACCUUAUAAAAUAAAGCCAUUAUUAAAACCAUACGAUGUAAAAAGUUAUACAUUUGGCUGCAUACAUGAAUUUUUUCGUGUAGUAAUAAUCCUUUCCGGUUACAUCGGAACUGAUAGUUUAUUGGCUACCACCGGAUUUCAUCUUACCGGUCAAUUGGCCAUAUUGAAGUGCAGAAUGAAGGAUGUUUUAAAUGAUUCCGAUGGUUGUCGGCAGGGAAUUCGAAAAAUGAUUCUACGACACCAUCGUUUGAUAAGAUUAGGGGAUAUAUUAGAGGAUAGUUUUAAUGUAGUUAUUGGACAACAUUUAUUUGGGACAACUAUACAGCUUUGUAUAUCGUGUUAUCAAAUGCUGUCCAGUUUAACAGUAUUAGAAGGAAUUGGUAUAAUAACGUUCUUUAUAUAUGUUUCCGUUUUGUCUGGCACGUUGUUCACUUAUUGUUACAUCGGUGAAUGUCUCAUCGAAGAAAGCACGAGCUUGUGCGAAGCACUUUAUCAUUGCAACUGGUAUGAACUAUCGACGAUCGAUAUGAAAUCGAUUUGCAUUUGCAUGAUGCGAGCUAGAAAGCCACUGCAAUUGACUUGUGUGAAAUUUUGCGUUGUGUCCGUGCGUACUUUUACAGAGAUAGUCAAGUCAUCAAUGGCUUAUCUAUCAUUACUACGAACGUUUAUGUAGAAUUGUGACAUAAUCAGCCUUAAAUAUUUAUUACUGGAAUAUUGUUAUUGACAUUUUGAUAAAAAUAUUGAAUAUACUGCAUGUUGUAAAUUUGUAUACAUUCACGUUAUUAAGUUAAGUAUUGGCAAUAUAAACAUUAUGGGUGAUAUAUUUGUUAUUUAAAUGACUAUAUUUGACUCAUUUCUUGACUCAAGUCCUUAUUUUUACCAGAGUUUUCAUUUUUGUUACUUUAUUAGAAUUUUUUUUGCAUUUGCACACAAGCUCUAAGAUAGACGUAAAUGCGUAUGUAUAUCCGAGAGUCAUAUCUUGUGUAUAUAUUUCAAUGUUAAAAAAAAAGAAUUUUGUUUCCAUAGAAUAAUUAAAUAUUUUUUCUA